AUGGCAGCAGAAUCCAAAACCAAGACUGCCACCAAUGGCACCGUCAACGGCAACACCAAGGCUUCCUUCAAAGGCACAAAGCUGUACGAGACCAUCCGCAACAUGGUAUCUUCGGCAAACGCCGUCAGCAGCGAGCUAAGUAACCUGCCUGACCUCGAGAAGCUCAUGGAGAGCGAGAAGAGGCUCCGCAAGGAAGUCGAGGACAAGAACGCGGAAAUCGAAAAGGUCAGGCAGGACACGGACAAAGAAAUAGCAGACAAGAACAAGGAAAUAGAAACCAUCAAGAAAGAGACUGAAGAGCAGAUCAAAGCCGUUCGGAAAGAGACGAACGAAGAGAUUGGCAAGAUCAGAGCUGAUCUCGAAGCGGAAAAGCUUGCCAGACACGUCUUGAUUACGGACUUUGAGGCCAGAGCCGGGGUGCACGACCAGACCAAGGCCGAGGGCACCGCCGCCAGCCAAAAGCUGGCGGAAGCUCUGCAGAAUCUCCAGACUAAAGAAGGGGAGGUCGAGGCGGCGAGACAAAGGGUUGCGGAGCUGCAGCAGGCGUCUGACAAGUCGUUGGCGCAAGUCGAAGCCUUGAACGUGGAGAAGGAUAAGAUUAUGAGAGAAAAGAAGCUCCUCUCUGCAGAUUUGCAAUCGAGGGAAGCGGAAAUCGUCAUAUUCGAGUCGGAUCUGCAUCAGCUGCAAAGAGAUGUUGGUGUCAACCUCUUGAAAGACUAUACCGAACGCGAGCUCAACCAAUUUCGUCGUGAUGUGGAGGCUUUUGCCGAGGAAUCCCGAAGUCUUGUAGUCGAGUUCUUCAAGGAACCCGACAACACACUGAACACCAUCAGCCUGCCCCAGCAACUGGAUUACCUUAAGCAAGUCCCGCUGCCCAGGGCCGGCUCCACCCCUGACCUCCGGUGCCUCGUUGCCCAAGCCAUCAUCGCAAAGUACCUCCGCUCCCAUAUCUUUCAGCCUUUCUUCCUCCCUCCGGACGUCCACGGCGCAGGCAGUGCCCUUUUAGAUUACCUCAGCGAAGACGUCCAGCGCGCCACCAUCUUCCGGUGUCAGAUCCUCGCCGCCUGCCAGCGCAACGGCUCAGCCAAGGUCGUCGCCAACAUUGCCAAGGACGCGGUGUACCGCGAGCUGUGCGCUUUCGUCCCCGCGACCAGGUACCUCGCGCUCCAGCAGCGGCUGACCAAGUUCUUCGAGGACGGCGCGAAGCUGUGGGGCGAGGUGCAGCGCUCGAGGCAGUUCAUCCUCUCUGAGUCCCUCGAGGACGAGGACAUUGAGGAGUUUGACGACGAGACUCAGAGGCCCAGGUUGUGGGAGGAGUACGGCACGAGGUCGAGGAGCACCGCGGGCGGUCCCGGAGAGGUCGUCGCCACGCUGUUCCCGCAGAUCGUCAUUGAAGUCAACGACGACAUCGUGAACAUCCUCCACCCUGGCGUCGGGUUGUGGUCUGACCAGACGGUGGUUUUGGCUGCCACCCAGGCGCAGGCGAGGGGACAGGUAAACGGGAGGGUGAACGUUGAGGGAGCUAGGCCUCACAGCCAGAGGCGUAGGUCGAGUUCCAGCGCGCCGUCGGGCAGGCCGUGA